GGUGCCAGGAGGAGCCGUGUCGCCGCCGCCUUGGUCCGCCAGGCCCCCGGCCCCCCGGUCGGUCCUCCGUCGCUCGUCUCUCCUCCUUCAUCGCCGCCGCCGUGCCGCGCCUAGGGCUCGGAUCCUGCCGGGAAAAUGUCAGAUGAAUUUUCGUUGGCAGAUGCACUACCUGAGCCAUCCUCUGCCAAACCGUCUGCUGUGAGCAAUGCAAAAGCUGGCCAGUCUACUCAAGGCUGGCCAGGCUCCAGCCCUUGGAGUAACCCAAGCGCUCCACCUGCUAUGCCAUCUGGACUCCCACCAAGUGGUGCAGCACCCGUCACUGUGCCUUUCGGACCAGCACCAACAGGAAUGUACCCCUCUAUGCCGCCAGCUGGACCACCACCAGGACCCCCAGCACCCUUUCCUCCUUCUGGACCAUCAUGUCCCCCACCUAGUGGUCCUUAUCCAGCCCCUACUGUGCCAGUCCCUGGCCCCACAGGGCCAUAUGCUACGCCAAAUAUGCCCCUUCCAGAGCUACCUAGGCCAUACGGUGCACCCACAGAUCCAGCUGGUACUUUAGGUCCAUGGGGAUCCAUGUCUUCUGGACCUUGGGCACCAGGCAUUGGGGGGCAGCAUCCUAAUAUGCCGUAUCGAUCUCCAGGGCCGUAUCCCACCGCUCCUCCUCCAGUGUCAGGAGCACCACCUGUUCCAUGGGGCACUGUGCCACCAGGAGCCUGGGGACCACCAGCACCAUAUCCUGGCCCUGCAGGAUCAUAUCCCACGCCAGGACCCCAUCCUACUCCGAAUAAUCCUUACCAAGUGCCUUCAGGACCUUCUGGUGCUCCACCGAUGCCUGGUGGCCCCCAUACUGUUGCUUGUCACCCGAUGCAUGUGGAGAGGAAGCCAUGUGUGGCAGGCAGCCAUGUGUAGUACCAUUAAGUUGACAGUGGAUGAAGAGAUGGAGCGUUUCUUUUUGAAGUACAUGUACAUGCACAUGAAGGCAUAUAUACAAAUGGCUGGUUUCGCUAUUGCUAAAGGACAUUCCUGAACCAACAACUUUCGUACCUCAGAGUUCCUGCUUCAUGUGUUUGGAUAUGUAGAACAUCACGUGGGUACAAUCAGAUACAAAUGUAAAAGCAAAUUAUUCAAGUGUGGUUAUGUAUAUUGAAUAGCUUUUGAUAAUAAUUGCUUAAAGUAUAGCUAUACCCUCAGAAUCUAAAACUACAUGGAUUAUUGUUAGAAUCUGUAACUUAAUUGGCAAAGUAAUUCAAGUAUUUUUUUAUAAUCAUCCCAUAUAACUGAAAACAAUCACAUAAUUGAAAUAUGACUCCUCAACAGUUUGAGGUCUUCUACUACACAAACCUCUUGUUAAAUUUUAGCUACAUAAAUAUGUAUUAUGUAUGUAUUUACUAAGUUUAAUUCAGCAUUAUACCCUCUUCUGCCAAAGUAAGAUAAUGUUACUAUCAAAAUUGCAUUAUGUUUUUUCUAGAGCUUUGACAGAGCUCUAGAAAAAUGUUGGUGCCAAAUGCACUUUAACGGGAGUCAGACUGCCCAUGCUCUGAGCCCAGCCUCAGGAGGAGACAGAGAGAUGGAGGGCGUAAGAGAGGCCACUGCUGCUGGGCGGUCACUGUUGCAGGGCCUCAUAGCCCACCAGGGGGAGCUGGGACCUUUCGUCUCUGGCCAACAGCAGGCCCAACAGGAUGUCAGAGUCCUGUUUGACAAUCCAAAUUCGAAUUCACAGAUCAUUUUUCUAUAAGAGAGCACUUCUAACAUUGUAUUAUUUCCUUAUAAGUUAAGUUACUGGCUGGACUUAAUAAACAUUUAUGACUUUUUUAAAUGGGAAAAUUGCUCUAAAUUCCAAAUGACAUUCUCAUAAUGACUUGAACCACAACCUGCUUGAGUGGUGGUAGAAUUACACACAUGUAAUACAUGUUUCUUGGCCUCAGUAUACAGGACAACUGAAGUGGAAAACUUGAUUGGCAAAGCCAUGGUCCAACCUCUCAAUAGACCAGGUAUAGGAGACAGAGCUUGUGCUGGGGUGCCAGGGGUGCCAUGACAGUGACUGGUGACCCAAAAAUGUCACUGAUCUUCCUGCCAGGUGGGUUUAGGCGUUGGUUCACAAAGAUACUCCUGAGGUGCAUUUAGUACCAACAUUUUUAGAGCUCUAACAGAACAAGAAACCUAUUUUAGAGCUUAACGCAGUUUUGAAAGGAACACUUUGUUAUUUUGGCAGAACUGGAUAUAAUGAUUGAAUUAAGCUUAGUAACCACAAAAAGAUAGCUGAUUAUUCUAACAGGGUUUUCUUGGGUCUGGAGCCUCCACUGCCAGUCUGAGCAUCUGGGCUGGAAUAUACCAUCACUCUUCUGCCUACCUUUGUAAGUUUUAGCCAAUAAUUACCAGCUGCCAAAUUCAUCCACCAGUGUUUUGUUUGUUGUUUUGUGGGGAGAGUUGUUAGUAGAAUUUAAUGACCCAUCUUGCAUGGUAUGUUGUGGGUGGUACUUCAUUUAAACCCUUGUUCUUUGGACUUUUCAACUGAUAAUUGGGAGUUAUUGGACUUAUUAUUUAAUGUAAGUGGAAAUCAAAAUGAUAGCAGAAUUUUCUAUGUUAUUAUGUUUUUUCUCAGAAUAUUUCUCUUGUUACCCUCAGGGUAGAGUAUUUCUAGGUUCAGGCUAGAAUCAAGAAAAGCAAAAAUAAAAUAAAAGGUAGCCAAAUGAGGAAAAUAA